AGCCAUUUUAGUUCUCACUUUCACUUCAAACAAUUUCCGUCUGAGCUCUCUCACACGCACUCGAAGCAGCAAGUGCUCUCCAAGCUCCGAUCCACACACUAAGCUCCAAGCUCUAAUCCAUACACCAAGCUCCAAGCUCCAAGCUCUGAUCCACACACCGAGCUCCAAGCUCUUUGCUCCGAUCCACACACCGAGCUCCAAGCUCCAAGCUCCAAUCCACACACCGAGCUCCACCAUCUCCCUCACGCCAAACGCUCAAGAUCCUCUCCCUCACGCAGCCAAUCCUCUCCACGCACGGUGAGUUUCCCUUUUCCAUUUCUCAGUCUGAUCCACAUAGCUCAUUUCUCAGUCCGAUCCCCAAAAUUUCUCAGUUCGAUCCACCCUCAUUUCUCAGUCCGAUCCACCCUCUCAUCACUUCAUUUCUCAGUCCGAUCCACUCUCUCAGUUCAUUUCUCAGUCCGAUCCACACAACUCCGAUCCACACACCAAAAAUAUAGAGAAUGAAAAAGCCGACCCACCCUCAAUUUUGGUCAUCAUGUUUGUAAUGUGGCCUGAUUCUACUGUACCCACUUGUUGAUUUUCUGCUAUACAUGAGUUGGUUGUCAGAAAUUAGCAGUAGGAUUAGAGAUCUAUUGGUUUUUUUAAGGAAAAGAUAAUGAAUUGAAAGAAGGGUUUUUUCUAAUGGGAAAGAAAAUGUUUGGAGGAUUGGAGCUAGUGCAUUAGUUGGAGAGAGAGAGAGAGAGAGAGAGCGCUGUCAAAAGGUUCGGAGAUAAUGGAUUACAAAGAAAGCUAAGGAGGAGGAAGCUCUGUAACAUAAGUAAAGACAUCAUUUUGAGUGUGACUUUCUCAAACACAGUUGAAGAAAAGGCAAAGUGGGUUUUCAACAAACUAAAAGUAAUGUCAAAGGGCAAAGAGAAGGUGAGCAGCAGCAAGCAGUUCAGGUGGCUACCACCCAUGCACUCAACGAUGCUUAGGAUACUUGCGUAGGAGGCUGCAAAGGGCAACAAGCCCUCUAGCACUUUCAGGGCAGGCUCCUUUGCACUUAUAGUGAAGGAGAUAACUGCCCAAUUUAGGGUUGAGUGCCACCCCUCUUAGGUUGAAAAUCGGAUGCGGACUCUAAGGACCAUGUGGUCCAUUAUUCAGACUAUUAGAAAGAAGAGUGGCUUUGGCUGGGAUGAUAACCUAAAAAUGAUAACAUGCGACGCGAAGACAUACCAAGAAGAAGUCAUGAUGCAUCAAAAGCAUGCGGAGUAUCUAAACAAAAAAAUUGAGAUGUAUGAUGAAUUAGCUAUUGUUGUGGGGAAGGACACAGUCAUGGGUGGCUUUUCUAAGUCCUAUGUGGAUAUUGAGAAUGAGACAGACAAUGGGGAUAGUGCUGAGUUUGUUGCAGACAAUAUGGAGGAAGGUGUGGUCAAGAAAGGGAAGAAUGUAGUCGAGUCAUCCACCACUGGGUCGGGAAUUUCCAAGUCCCGCAAAAGAGGGCGUGCACCUUCUAAUGCUGAUGAUAGUAUGCUGACUGAUUUGUCUAAUCAGCUGAAGGAAAUAGCUGUGGCUUUGAAAGAAAUCAACCGGGGACCGGUGGAUUACACAGCUCUUUACAAUGAGGUCAUGGUUAUGAUGGCGGAUGGGUAUAGCGAAGACAUGCUCGCAACUGCGUUUGACCAUCUUUGUGAAAAUGAGAAGAUAACACGGGAAUUUCUAGCCAAGAAUGCUAGGUUGAGAAAGCUGUGGUUGGAUGGUUUUUUGUUCUCAUAACUUUGACUUGUCUGUUUCAUGUUGACUGUGAUGGUAGCUUUAGGAAUUAACUUUUGUUGUAGUACUAGUAUUGAUCUACCAUUGUAUUAUAUAUGUAGUCUUUUGUAUUAUUAGGACAAUACAAUUGCCCAAAUUAUGUAUUUGUACUGUUUAGAUACCAUGAGUAGGUAUCAUUUUUGUACACCAUGGAGGUGUAAUGCCAAUGGUGAACGAUUGAUGUGGCUAUUUUUAU